AUUUAAUCCCGGCGACUGCAGCAGCGCCGGCUCCCUCCCGGUCCCCGCCUCGGCCCCGGGCUUGGAAGCGGCUCGGGGCGCCCUUUCGGCCAGCCGCGUCGCCCACACCCCACCCUCCAGGCCCCCAGAGACCCAGGCUCGCAGCGCCCAGCCCGGAACCCCCGGGAAGCGCGAUGGGGGCCGCCUCCGCCGUGCCCCUGCUCCUGCUCCUCGCCUGCUGCUGGGCGCCCGCUGGGGCCAACCUCUCCCAGGACGGCUACUGGCAGGAGCAGGAUUUGGAGCUGGGAACUCUGGCUCCACUGGACGAGGCCAUCAGCUCCACAGUCUGGAGCAGCCCUGACCUGCUGGCCAGUCAAGAUAGUCAGCCCUGGACAUCUGAUGAGACUGUGGUGGCUGGUGGCACCGUGGUGCUCAAGUGCCAGGUGAAAGAUCACGAGGACUCAUCCCUGCAGUGGUCUAAUCCUGCCCAGCAGACGCUGUACUUUGGGGAAAAAAGAGCCCUCAGAGACAAUCGGAUUCAGCUGGUCAGCUCCACACCUCACGAGCUCAGCAUCAGCAUCAGCAACGUGGCCCUGGCCGAUGAGGGCGAGUACACCUGCUCCAUCUUCACUAUGCCUGUGCGAACUGCCAAGUCCCUCGUCACUGUGCUUGGAAUUCCACAGAAGCCCAUCAUCACUGGUUAUAAAUCAUCAUUACGGGAAAAGGAAACAGCCACCCUGAACUGCCAGUCUUCUGGGAGCAAACCUGCAGCCCAUCUGACCUGGAGGAAGGGUGACCAGGAACUCCGUGGAGACCAAAAAAUACAGGAAGACCCCAACGGGAAAACCUUCACUGUGAGCAGCUCAGUGACAUUCCAGGUUACCCGGGAGGACGAUGGAGCAAACAUUGUGUGCUCUGUGAACCAUGAAUCUCUAAAGGGAGCUGACAGAUCCACUUCUCAACGCAUUGAAGUGCUGUACACACCAACUGCAAUGAUUCGGCCGGACCCACCACAUCCCCGUGAAGGCCAGAAGCUGUUGCUACACUGCGAGGGGCGUGGCAAUCCAGUCCCCCAGCAGUAUCUGUGGGUGAAGGAGGGCAGUGAGCCACCCUUGAAGAUGACCCAGGACAGUGCCCUCAUCUUCCCCUUCCUCAACAAGAGCGACAGCGGCACCUAUGGCUGCACAGCCAUCAGCAACAUGGGCAGCUACACGGCCUACUUCACUCUCAAUGUGAAUGACCCCAGCCCAGUGCCAUCGUCCUCCAGCACCUACCAUGCUAUAAUUGGAGGGGUCGUGGCUUUCAUCGUCUUCCUGCUGCUCAUCCUGCUCAUCUUCCUGGGCCACUACUUGAUCCGGCACAAAGGCACCUACCUGACACAUGAGGCAAAAGGCUCUGACGACGCCCCAGAUGCGGACACGGCUAUCAUCAACGCAGAAGGCGGGCAGUCAGGCGGGGAUGACAAGAAGGAAUAUUUCAUCUAGGGGCGUCUGUCCACCUCGCUCGCCCCCCAGGGGCCCCGUUGGGACUGCUGGGGCCAUCAUCCACCCGGACUUGUACAGAGCGACCCCAGGGCCGCCCCUCCCGCUUGCCCCCCAGCCCACCCACCCCCCUGUACAGAAUGUCUGCUUGGGUGCGGUUUUGUACUGGUUUGGAAUGGGGAGGGAGGAGGGCGGGGGGGAGGGGAGGGUCACCCUCAGCCCUUUCCGUGGCUUCUCUGCAUUUGGGUUAUUAUUAUUUUUGUAACAAUCCCAAAUCAAAUCCGUCUCCAGGCUGGAGAGGCAGGCGCUCUGGGGUAAAGAAAGAAAACAAAUUGUAAUGUUAGGAGGAGAAUGAAGGUGGAGAGGUUGGAGACGGGUAAGGAGCAAGGCUGGUUUGAAGGAAGGGACUCUCGCCAUCGCCAUCCCUUCUGUUUAUCCUCCACCGCAGAGCAGCUCCCCAGACUUCUCCUGGACCCCAGAAACAGGAGGGGUGUAAGCAGAGGCUAGUGGUGGCUUUCUUCUGCCAGCCCACUGUGCGCUAUGGACAGGGAGACGCUGCCUUCCAUGCGGAUGGAAAGGGGCGAGGGGAAGAGUCCCAGAAAAGAUAAGGCCUGCACGCGGGGUGCAGCCAAGGUGGGGACCCAGGGCUUCAACCUGGGGAGGAUGCGGGUCCCCUUGAAGAAGCUUAGAUUGGAGAGACAGGAUGGUGGAGGUGGCUCUUUCCACCCAUGGCCUCCAGAAUGAAUGAAGCCAGGCCAUUUUCACAGAAACUGCCCUGGGGGACAGCAGAGCUUGGCUGCCCCUCCUAGCUCCAGCAGCUGUGGAAGAGGCGCUGCUCUGGGGCCUGAAAUGUGUCUGCUUCCCCUGCCGCCGAGGGGCCCCUGACUCCUACUCCAAACCACCCCCCACCCGGACUGUUGCACGGCAACCACUCCUCUCAUGGCAUUGCUCAGCAACUCUUCCUCCAACUUGUGCCACCUGCCCGAUCCCCUUCGGUUCCCCAUGCCAGCCCUCUGUCCUUCCCCCCUCAGCAGCCAGGCAGACAUAACAACAACAAAAAUACUAAAAGGAGCUUCACCGCA